AUGUCUCUCAAUGAUCGGGAAACGUCCCAACUCCGCGGCGCUCUGCAGGAGGCCGUGGUCAAAUGUUCCGAGCGAUGUCUCUACCAGUCGGCCAAGUGGGCAGCCGAGCUCUUGAACGCCAUUCCCGAGCCAACCUCUGAGCCCGACGACACCAACCCUUCUCAGCCUGGAGACUACGCGCCCGCAGUCCUCGCCCAGAAUGCAGAUCCGGAAGAGGCGCUUCUCGAGGCAAGAGAGAUCAACAAAUACCUGCUGGCCAAGUCAUUCUUCGAGUGUCGCGAAUUCGACCGAUGCGCCGCCGUCUUUCUUCCCGACUCCAUGCUUGCCGGGGUCGUGACAUCGAAAGAGGCUAACUCAACACCAAAAGGCAAGGGAAAGGGCAAGGCAACGGCCACCAGCUCACGAAGCACGACUGCGCCCAAGUUGCCCCAACUCAGCCAGAGAAGCUUGUUUCUAGCUCUAUACGCAAAGUUCCUAUCAGGCGAGAAGAGAAAGGAUGAGGAUACCGAGAUGGUCAUGGGCCCUCAGGACCUUGGAACCUGCGUCAAUAAACAGCUGUUAACCAUUAGUCGCUAUCUCGAGACAUGGUUUGACCAGCGCAAGGAUGAGGAUGGCGAAGACGUCGACAGCCAGGGUUGGCUAGAGUAUCUGUACGGCAUGGUCCUGGCAAAACAGAAAAACGACGAUUUGGCCAUUUAUUGGCUGGUUCGCAGCGUUCAUCUGUUCCCCAUGAAUUGGGGUUGUUGGCUUGAGAUGACCUCCCUCAUAUCGCGGAUCGAAGAUUUGAACCGCUUGAUGCAGCGCUUGCCACAAAACAUUGUAUCCUUCAUGUUCCACAUCCAUGCAAGCCUCGAGCUGUACCAACAUGACGGAAACCUCGCCAACUCCCUUGACCAGCUAAUCAACAUCUUCCCGACGUCCUCUUUCCUGCUCACGUGUGACGGCCUCCUCUCAUACCAUGCGAAGGACUUUGUUGCUGCAGAGCAGGCAUUUAGCAGGCUGCUAUCUCUGCAUCCUCAUCGCCUUGAGUCUCUGGACCAUUACUCCAAUAUUCUUUACGUCAUGAACUCGCGGCCGAAACUGGCCUUCUUGGCCCAUCUAUGCUCGAGUGUGGACAAGUUCCGUCCUGAGUCGUGUGUCGUCAUUGGCAACUAUUACUCAUUAUUGUCACUACACGAGAAAGCAGUGCAAUACUUCCGUCGAGCUCUGACGCUAGACCGUUCCUGCCUGUCCGCUUGGACUCUAAUGGGUCACGAAUACGUCGAGCUCAAAAAUACGCACGCAGCCAUCGAGUCCUAUCGCCGAGCCGUGGAUGUCAACAGGCGCGACUACCGCGCUUGGUACGGUCUUGGCCAAACGUAUGAGGUGCUGGAGAUGCACGCGUAUGCUCUGUGGUAUUACAAGAAAGCUGCAGGGUUGCGUCCGUGGGAUGGCAAAAUGUGGAUGGCCGUGGGCUCGUGCCUACAACGCAUGAACAGGAAUCUGGACGGCAUCAAGGCAUUGAAGCGUGCUCUGCUAGCCGAGAGCUACUACGAAACAGGGAGCAGCUUUGGGAGCGGAGGCAGUGGGCCUGGCGGGCUUCGCGGUGCACACAUGGAUCCCGAGAUACUGCUACAGAUCGCAUCCAUGUACGAAGCGCUGGAUGAGGAAGACGACGCCAAAGCAUACAUGGAAAUGUGUGUCGCACAGGAAGAUGGCUCAGCGGGCGACAAUGCGGGGGAAAGCAUCACGAUACACAACGACGAGGGCUCGGAAGACGAUGGUGAAGCUGUCGGGCCCUCCGCAGGCGCAGGCGGCGGAAGAGAGGGGACCGGCGUCACCGCAGCUACUAGUAAGGCGCGGAUGUGGCUUGCUCGGUUCGCGAUGCGCAACGAAGACUACGAGACCGCCAGCAGGCUUGCCAACGAGCUUUGCCAGGAUGGAGUUGAAGUCGAGGAGGCGAAAGCACUGAUACGGGAGGUGCGGUCGCGCAUGGAUGCCCCAGCUGGUAAGACCACGCCGGGCCCUCUGCUGCUUGACUUGAACGGAUGA